AUGGCGAACAAGAAAUCUGUUUUAUGGUUAAUUUUGUUUUCUUGCUUAGCUUUUCUUUGCACAAAUGCAUCAAAGAAUAAGAAAAAAGAAACAGCGAAAAUUUUAGAGUUUAUUGAAAAUGAAAGGACACGGAUCCAUAACAAGAAAGCCUCCAGCUGUAACUUAAAUUCCCCCACUCUGAAGGCAAUCACCAACUUUCGACUUUUAGAACCUCAGAGUGAUAACACCAUCCUGUGCCACCUGAAAUUCCUAGAAGCCAGCCCCACAGAAGGUUUCGUAUGGUCAUCGUUGGGUCACAUCUACAGCCAAAAAAGUCCGUCCCUGGCCAGCCAAACAAAUUUUUGUUUCAAGCAGGCUGCAAAACUUUCUGCCAAAAGCAGUCUGGCUGUAAGUGAGUGGCAUUUUAUUGGACCUUUUGUCAUUGGGAAAAUGGAACUUGAUGGUGAUCCCUUGGAGGCUUUUGGUGGAAUACAGAAUGUCUCAUUGUACCGACUGAGUAAGAAGGUCAAGUAUUAUUCAGAAAUGGUUCCUGGAGGUGAAGUGAAGUGGAAAAUCUAUCGACACCUUGGAGAAUUUCUGAUUCGUAUAUCUCCAGAAUUACAAUGGAAUGACCUAGUUGGCUCUCUCGGAUCAAUGGGUAUUACUGAGUGGCAGGGUUGGGCUGUUGGUGAAAUUGCAAUCAAUGAAAAAGAACAGACAGUUGUCCUUCAAUGUCACGGAAUAACUACAAUCUACAUUGACCAUGUGCCUCUUGUAGGAGAUGUCUAUCACCGAGACCACUUGAUGGUCAGUAUUUCCCUAUCCAGAGGGAUACAUGUGCUUUAUGCCAAAGUAAGGGCAAAGGUGAAUGCGAAUUUCAAAUGUGUCUUCAAGACAGUGGGAGCUAGCUUUGAUGUGUUUUCGCCAACAAUGAUCCCCGACCUUGUCGAGGGGUACCUAUUUAGCAAGUAUUUCAGUAUACCUGUUGCUAACUUUCAUGGUUCAAAAUGGCUUAAAAAUAUUGGUGUUAGUCUUGUGAGUCAGUCAUAUGGACAACCCUUCUCUCUUGAAGUGACAGAGAAACGGAAUGUUGCUCCUGGUCAAAUUUUCCCGAUUGUAGUGCGUAUUGAUUCCACUGAUGACCGAUUGACCAGUGGCUGUUAUCCAAAUGGUAUAGACUUUGUUUUGGAAAUUUCUACUUCAGAAGGUCAGAUAGAAGCUGCCCCAAUAAAUCUCCGUUGUCGGAAAUUAGACCAGACAUUUCUGUUCUCUUUUCUGGACCAUGAUGGCUCUGUCCAGCAGGGAGCGGCUAUUGCACCGAUUGGUGACUGUCCAGCCAACCUUUGCUCUGUUCUUCUAACUCUCCAUGGAACUUCAGUUCCAGCACAGAAUCAGGCUGAUAGCUACAAAAGAAUGGUGGGACAUGAAUUUCAGUUUGGUCUCGAAGGAAUUUGGCUCUUGGCACCAACAAGGCAUGGGGCUCACAAUUGGGAAGGGCCAGGUGCAUUGACGGCAAUGACGGCUCUCAACAGGCUAGCAGAGAUUGUGCAGCCACUGACUUGGCUGAAAAACAAGAUCUCAACACAGCAUGUUAUAUUUACAGGUCAUUCAAUGGGGGGUCACGGUGCUUGGCAUCUUGGAACUCAUUUUCCUGACCGUGCUCUUGGUGUUAUAUCUUUAGCAGGAUGGAUAAAAAAAGAGGAAUAUGGGGACAGCAACUUAUUUUUCCGACAUGAUAUUUCAACCAGCCAUACUGAUCCUGUUGUUAAGGCCCUAAUGGAAGCAACUAUCGCUGAAAAUGAUGCAGACAGACAUAUUCAAAACCUGAAGGGAAUUCCUGUUUUGGCAAGAAUUGGUGCCAAUGACAGAACAGUCCAUCCAUAUUUUGCACGAAGAAUGUACCGUCUUCUGGAAGAGUUAAGAACAAAUGUGAACUACACAGAAUUACCUGGCAAGGAGCAUUGGUGGUGGGACACAUGGUCAACCAAUGAUGGUGGUGCAGUUCAUGAUAAACAGUUGCGUAAGUUUUCUGCUACAUACGGAAUUAUUCCAGGCCAUUCUAGUGUCUCUGAAGACAGUUGCAGUGCCGACAGUGAUCACUGCUUUGAUUCUGCUGACGAUGUGAGCCCUUACCUAGGCAACCGAAAGCACCAACUCUCAGUGCCUGACAGUUAUACUUUGGUAGUAAAUAACCCAGCUAUUGGUGAAUCUAUACACGGAGUCCAUAUUAUACAACAAAUCACGCCAAUGAGAACAAGUACAGUGGAAAUUCAGUUAUUUAAGGAUUCUGUUCGGCUCCAGACAGCUAAUGUCAGGAAAUUUCAAUUGGUCAAAUGUGCAAAUCAAGCCACAGAGUGGACAACAACUUCUAUCAUUGUGGAUAAUGAUUUUGUAGUGCCUCCUGAAUUUGUAAAGAAAAUGAUAGCUUCUCCAGGAAAUUGGUUAAUCUGUCGGGAAAAGGGAGAGUGGAAAACAUGUCCAGGAGAUCUCAAACUAGAACGAGGACCUCAUAAUUAUGGUCCUGCACGAAGGGUCGCUGAGAAACCAUUUGUAAUCAUUGCAGGAACACAGGGGUCAUCCCAUAUGAAUCAGCUGCUGCUACACUUGGCUGUUUAUGUGGCAAAUCUUUUCUGGAUCACUUCGGAUACACAAGCUCCCAUUGUCAGGGAUGCAGACAUAUCCUUGGAAAAAAUAAAAAAUAAAAAUGUCAUCAUUAUUGGUGGACCAAAGGAAAACAGCUUGACUUCAAGUUUCUUGAGUUUUAUUCCUAUCAAAAUUCAAGAUGACAGUCUCAUUUUAGAGAAAUGCCAUUUCAGACAUCCUCAAACAGGUGUACUCUCUUUGGCACCAAAUGGUAAGAACCAUCUUGCACUUCUGCUGUUUGGGAAUUCCCAAAAUGCCCUCCUUGAUGUCAUCAGUUUGGCCACCCCAACCAUACCACCCAUGAGCCGAUCACCAUUUUCAAACCUGGUACCUGAUUUUAUGAUAACUGGGCCUGAUUUCCGACUGAAAGGACCUGGAGAUUUCCAAUGUGCUAAUGUUGUCUUGACAUGUUCCUGUCUCUUUCUUCAUUUGAUUUUUUUUUUUCACUCAUUUGUUCUCUCUCCCUUUGUUUUUUUUCUCUCUUUUUCUUUUUUUCUCUUUCCCCCUUUUUUUAUCAUUUUUCUUUUUUUCUCUUUCCUCCAUUUUAAUUUCUUUUCUGUUAUUAUUAUUUUUCACUCUUGCUUUUUCUCUCUAACUUUUUCUAUUUUUGUUCUCUUACUUUUUCCCUCUUACUUUUAG